AUAUUUUUGUUGAAAAAUACCUGUGCUGAACAUGCCUUUGUUGAAGAUAUCUUUGCUGAAGAUAUCUUUACUGAAGAUAUCUUUACUGAAAAUAUGUUUGUUAAAACAAAGAAAGAUAAAAAGAAAAGAGCAAAAAUAAUUAAAAAAUUACCAAAAUCAAUAUAUUAUUGUAAGCUUGGUACUUCUA